AUGUCCACAAACCCAGCCGAAGCAUACGCUGAAAAGCUGAGACGUGAACGAGAAGCGAAUCCCAUCAAAAUUGAUCGUCUGGAUGACAAUAUUCUAGCAAAACUACCAGAAGGAACAGAGGUGGUCUCCGUUGUUCCUUCCGGGGCAAGUGCGUGGUGUAAGACGCUCCGGAUAGACGCAAGGCUGAAGGACGGCGAGAUCAAACCCUACUUCAUGAAGUAUGAAUCUGGCGAGCCUGGUCGACGUAUGAUGAAAGGCGCAUUCGAGUCCGACUCGGUCUACGCCUCCUACGCUCCAGACAACGUGCCUACACCGAUUGCUUUUGGCGAAUUCAAAGACGACCCCGAUACAUGGUUUUACGUCUGCGAGUUCCAAGAUAUGCUCGACGAGCUACCGGAUGUUAAGGAGUUGGUCAACAUUGUCUCUAAAGUUCACAGGGCUAGCAUGGGAAAGUCCCCAACGGGCAAAUUCGGGUUCGGUGUACCGACACAUCUUGCGAAUAUUCCCAACGAUAAUACCUGGCAGGACACAUGGGAGAAAUUCUUUACGCAGGCUAUGCAGUCUAUGUAUGAUUUCGAGAAGCAGACGCAAGGUGUAGACGAAGAAUUAGACGGCCUCUUUGAUGCCCUCUGCAACAAGGUUAUCCCGAGACUUCUUCGACCUUUGGAAACAGGCGGACACUCUAUCGAGCCUUGUCUCGUCCACUCCGAUCUAUGGCCUGGUAACUGCAUGGUGGAUGCAGACACCGGAGAUAUCAUAAUUUUCGACUCCUGUGCAUUUUGGGGUCAUAACGAGGCAGAUUUAGGCCCCUGGCGUGCCCCGCGUUAUCGACUUGGAAGGCCAUAUCUCAGACAAUAUCAAAAGGUCAUGGGAAAGUCGGAGCCGCAUGCUGAUUGGGAUGACCGUAACUCGUUGUACGCUUUGCGCUAUGAUUUUCUGGUCUCUGCCCUGUAUCCCGACGAGACAAAAUUUCGCGAGAUGGCAAGAAGAGAGAUGAGGGUGCUUGUAGACAAGUUCCCUAAUGGAUUAUAG